AAAUAUCCUGAACGACACCGUUGAUCUCAUUUUCUCCUCGCGUAAUUCUCGCAUGUCGAUUUCGAAUAAAGCGAAGAAAGAAAAAUCGAUCAGCCCAGUGUAUAAACGUUUCGUACGUUGGAGUCCGAAAACCGGACGUCACCCAUGAACCUAAUGACGUGAAGCGACAAUUCGCGCAAGAAUCGCGCCUAAUAUUCAGAUUAGACGAAAUUGAGGAAGUUGGCACCGCGCGCUGCCGCCACUUCCUGGACGUCUACUUUCGUCGUUUGUGCAGUUGAGUUUUUUUACUCGAAACAUACACAACACAUCGUAUUGUUUUCAAAAAAUACUCAGUAAAAUUUAAUUUUAUAAAAUGAGAAAAAAGUGCCAACUUCGUCGCAAAAUGUAUGAAAGUAGUUGCUCCUAUCAAGGAGCGUUAGAGUUGAAACGGAGUCCGAGUUCGAGUUGUCCUCUCGGUAUUAAAAGCGAAGAAUUCACAACGUCUGCAGCAGAUUGGCCAGCUUACCGUUUUUGUAAUCCCAGUACAUUCGAGCAAUUAAAACAAAGCGUAGAAAAGGCCAAAGCGGCGCUUCAGGAUCGAAGUGGUUUUCUAGGCGCUGGAAGCGCGUUUAGUGACCUCUAUACGGGAGUCUCAUCGGGGAGUAGGAGUCAAGAUUCUCUACAGGAUUCAAGCAGGUUGAGGGAUACGGAAACGGAAAUCAAAAGAUGUGUACAAGGGUCAGACAGAAAUGACAAAUCAUCGCACAAUCAUCUCAGUUCUACUGCCAAAUCUUAUAAUAGUAUCACGGAGAGUUUGAGUAGAAGUAAAUGUGACACAUCUUACAAAGGUUCUUGGAGUUCACACGCUACCUCGCAAGCACAAGGUUAUGGUACAAAUUCGUUGAGUGGUAUGACCAAAGCAUCGUUGGAUCCUCAUAGUCAUCUUAGGCAACCAGAUCCAUACCAGAUGUUUGGCCCAACGAGUAGUAGACUAGCGAGUUCAGGUUCAGGUCAAAUUCAACUCUGGCAAUUUCUAUUAGAACUUCUAAGUGAUUCUUCAAACGCAGCUUGUAUCACGUGGGAAGGUACAAACGGGGAAUUCAAGUUAACAGAUCCAGAUGAAGUGGCUCGUCGAUGGGGCGAAAGAAAAUCAAAACCAAACAUGAACUACGACAAACUAUCGAGGGCGCUGAGGUAUUAUUAUGAUAAGAACAUAAUGACCAAAGUGCACGGAAAGAGAUAUGCCUACAAAUUUGACUUCCAAGGACUUGCCGCUGCAACGCAACCAGCUACCAGCGAUCCCAGCAGCUACAAAUACCAAAGUGAACUGUUUAUGAGCUCGUAUCAUCACAGCGCAAAGUUGGGGUCGUUCAUGAGUCCUCAUGCAACGAUUCCAAGUUCAGCAGCUUCAAUAUUUCCAUCACCCGGAUCAUAUUGGAGUAAUCCAAGUGCGAAUUUAUAUUCGAAUAUAGCGGCAAGUACACAUUCGAUAAGUCAUCACGCUGGGCCGCAUUUGGGGGCGCCUCCUCUCAGUUCGUAUCCGCAUUACGCAUGACCGACUUCAGCGGGAACGAACAGCUCGUCGAACGAGUGGUCAAGGAGGAUUCACCUCUAAAUAUUUCUAAAAAUACAUAAAAAAACAACAUCCAAGGAAGCAAACCCAUCCAGAUCAACGGACAUCGAGAUGAAGACGAUGAAAUCGAUUAAUCAAGAACAAUUCACGUAAAUAAGAAGACUGUGCGCGUUUUUACGUUGUCACCGAAAGUGGAAAAGAAUAAAGCUAACUCAAAAGUGAAUUUGAAAAGUGGACUAGUUUAUUUUUGUGUUAUUUUUUAUAAGAAGCGAAAGGCU